CACGCCGGGGAGGGGCGGGGUCGCCGAAGGCGCGAGCGUCGAGAGCGUGGGCUCGCCCCUGAGCCCCGGCCUUGGAGAGCUCUCUCCCGGCCUCUCUGCUCCGAGCCGCCUCCGCUGCCGGAGGCCGCCCAUCGCCGGCCGCGCUCCAGUCCGCCCGCCGGCCGCCGAGCCGCGCCUGCGCAGCGUCCCCGGCCCGAGUGGGCCGCGCCGGCGGCCAUGGCGCACCGCUGCCUGCUGCUGUGGGGCCGGGGCGGCUGCCGGCCCCGCGGCCUGCCCCGGCUGCUCGUGCCUGGCGGCGGCGUGGGCCCCGCCGAGCGGUCCUGUCUCCAGACGCUUUACCGAUAUGCUACAACUCAAGCAACAAGCGGCAGAAAUUCUCUUUUGACAGAUGUAAUUGCUGCUUAUCAAAGAUUCUGUUCUCGACCUCCAAAAGGAUUUGAAAAAUACUUUCCUAAUGGAAAAAAUGGAAAAAAAGCUAGUGAACCUAAAGAAGUUAUGGGAGAAAAAAAAGGAACAGAAUCGAAGCCAGCUGCUGCCCCGCGCCCUUCUGGAGGAGGAGUUGGUGGUGGUGGAAAACGAGGUGGCAAGAAAGAUGAUUCUCACUGGUGGUCCAGGUUUCAGAAGGGUGACUUUCCGUGGGAUGACAAGGAAUUCAGGAUGUACUUUCUCUGGACUGCUCUGUUUUGGGGUGGAGUCAUGUUUUACUUCCUGUUCAAGAGCUCUGGGAGAGAAAUCACCUGGAAGGACUUUGUCAAUAACUAUCUUUCCAAAGGAGUAGUAGACAGACUGGAAGUCGUCAACAAGCGUUUUGUUCGAGUGACUUUUACACCAGGAAAAACUCCCGUUGAUGGGCAAUACGUCUGGUUUAAUAUUGGCAGUGUGGACACCUUUGAGCGGAAUCUGGAAACUUUACAGCAGGAAUUGGGCAUAGAAGGGGAGAAUCGGGUACCUGUUGUCUACAUUGCUGAAAGUGAUGGUUCGUUUCUCCUGAGCAUGCUGCCCACGGUGCUCAUCAUCGCUUUCUUGCUAUAUACCAUACGAAGAGGGCCUGCUGGUAUUGGUCGAUCAGGCCGGGGGAUGGGUGGACUCUUCAGUGUUGGAGAAACCACUGCCAAAGUCUUAAAGGAUGAGAUCGACGUGAAGUUCAAAGAUGUGGCUGGCUGCGAGGAGGCCAAACUAGAGAUAAUGGAGUUUGUGAAUUUCUUGAAAAACCCGAAGCAGUAUCAAGACCUAGGAGCAAAAAUACCAAAGGGUGCCAUUCUCACUGGUCCUCCAGGUACCGGGAAGACGCUGCUAGCUAAGGCCACAGCUGGGGAAGCGAACGUUCCUUUCAUCACCGUUAGUGGAUCCGAGUUCUUGGAGAUGUUUGUGGGUGUGGGUCCAGCUAGAGUCCGAGACUUAUUUGCCCUUGCUCGGAAGAACGCCCCUUGCAUUCUCUUCAUUGAUGAAAUAGAUGCUGUGGGAAGGAAGAGAGGAAGAGGCAACUUCGGGGGGCAGAGUGAGCAGGAGAAUACACUCAAUCAGCUGCUUGUGGAAAUGGAUGGUUUCAACACCACAACAAAUGUAGUCAUUUUGGCAGGCACCAAUCGGCCGGAUAUCCUAGACCCCGCACUCUUGAGGCCAGGGCGCUUCGAUAGGCAGAUCUUUAUUGGACCACCGGACAUAAAAGGAAGAGCCUCUAUUUUCAAAGUUCACCUCAGACCACUAAAACUGGACAGUGCACUGGAAAAGGAGAAAUUGGCAAGAAAACUUGCAUCCUUAACUCCAGGGUUUUCAGGAGCUGAUGUUGCUAAUGUCUGUAAUGAAGCUGCAUUGAUUGCUGCGAGACACCUUUCAGAUUCUAUAAAUCAGAAACAUUUUGAACAAGCAAUUGAACGAGUGAUUGGUGGCUUAGAGAAAAAGACCCAAGUUCUGCAGCCAGAGGAGAAGAAGACCGUGGCGUACCAUGAGGCAGGCCAUGCGGUUGCUGGCUGGUACCUGGAACAUGCAGACCCACUCUUAAAGGUCUCCAUCAUCCCUCGGGGCAAAGGACUGGGUUAUGCUCAGUAUUUACCCAAAGAACAAUACCUGUACACCAGAGAGCAGCUCUUGGACAGGAUGUGCAUGACUCUGGGGGGCCGGGUAGCCGAAGAAAUCUUCUUUGGAAGAAUUACAACUGGUGCUCAAGAUGACUUGAGGAAAGUAACUCAGAGUGCCUAUGCCCAAAUUGUUCAGUUUGGCAUGAAUGAAAAGGUUGGGCAAAUCUCCUUUGACCUCCCACGUCAGGGGGACAUGGUAUUGGAGAAACCUUACAGUGAAGCCACUGCAAGACUGAUAGAUGAUGAAGUGCGAAUACUUAUUAAUGAUGCUUAUAAAAGAACAGUAGCUCUUCUCACAGAAAAGAAAGCUGAUGUGGAGAAGGUUGCUCUUCUAUUAUUAGAAAAAGAAGUAUUAGAUAAGAAUGACAUGGUUGAACUUUUGGGCCCCAGACCAUUUGCGGAAAAAUCCACCUAUGAGGAAUUUGUGGAAGGCACUGGCAGCUUGGAUGAGGACACCUCGCUCCCAGAGGGCCUUAAGGACUGGAACAAAGAGCGGGAAAAGGAGAAGGAGGAGACCCCAGAAGAGAAAAUGGCCAACCAGAUCCGCGGAGGAAGGCCGUUUUAGCUUGUCAUGUAGUGAUUUCAGUUUGCACAUUAUCUCAACUCUAGCUUUCUCAGAAGAAUGAGAACACUGCUGAGUUGAUCUUAACCAGCUGCUGACCCAGUGGAAAUGGUGGAAAGAGGAGUACUUAAUCCUCAGCCUCAGAAGUCGGGGUAGGGGUGGCAGGGUGACUGGCCCCGGGGAGAACAUGUGCCCCCGCCUGGUCGGGCUCUCUGACAGUGACUGGGAGAGUGCGGACUGGCACCCCGUGCCGCUCCCCGUCCAGCAUCAGUGGAGCCAGCUGACGUGUGUCAGGGAUGAUCUGUGAACACUUGCCAGUGUGCAAGAGGUGUAUUGUUCUCUUUCCAUCACCCGCUCUUCAUGCCUCUUUCCCUUCAGAGUUUCCCUCUGCGGAUGAGCUGUGAAAUUAAACUGGAGUCCUGAUAAGAGUAUUUUCAUUUGACUUAAUAUUUUGAAGAUUAAAUCCAGAUCACAUGUUGCUGUUUUAAUGGAAUGGUUUUCUACAGAGAGCUGUAACAUAUUUAAAAAUAUGAAUGUAUUAUGUAAAUAUGGCUUUAAAUCAAAAAUAAAGUAUAAACACUAUA